AAGGGGAUCAAAAGAAGAAAAACAAAUCCCAGCAUGUUGAAAUAAGUAGUGAGUUGAACGCGCGCACACACAGACUUAGAGAGAGGAAUGAAGGAUAGUAGUAAAAGGAGAGGAAGUGCGGCGUCUCCGUGCGCUGCGUGCAAGCUCCUUCGGCGAAGAUGUGCCCAAGAUUGCGUUUUUGCGCCUUAUUUUCCGGCCGACGAGCCACACAAGUUCGCCUGCGUGCAUAAGGUCUUUGGUGCUAGCAAUAUCAACAAAACACUCCAGGAAUUGGAGGAGCAUGAAAGAGGCGACGCAGUGAGGUCGAUGGUGUACGAAGCAAAGGCGAGGGUGAGGGAUCCUGUAUAUGGAUGCGUGGGGGCAAUUUCGUCUUUACAGCAACAGAUCGACGACCUGCAGGCUCAGCUGGCCCUUACGCAGGCACAGCUUGUGCACAUGCGGAUGCACUCACACAAUAACCACACUCACCCAUUAGCAUUCAAUGAUUCAACUAACUUAUAGGUUUAUAUAUACAACAUCUCAGUUGACCAAGGGAUGCAUGAUUACCACUAUUCACCAUAUUGUAAAUGCUUUAUAUAAUUAUCAAGUAUAGUUAGUAUAACUCUAUCUAUGUGCUUUUUGAGGUGAUUGUCUUUUUUUAGUUAAAACAAUGGUAAA